AUGGUAAACCAAAACUCAACUGUACAUGUUCUUCAUUUGAGUUCUGAAUAUGAACACGUUUUAUGGGUUUGGAUUUUGAAGGUAGAACAAUGUAAACAUAAAAAUUUAAAUUUAAAAAAAUGCAAAAUCACAUGUUGUUAUUGUCUAUCCCUAAGAAUCCUUACACCAUCACCCCGGUUUGGUUCUCUUCCCAAGGUUGCAUUUGCUGGUAUGCUUGGAUACAUUAGUGGGAAAAUGUUGUACAUGAUGGAGAACUCCCCACUGGGAGAGGCACUACGACAGGGACGUCUGCGUCAAAUGCCCUCAAGGCUAAACCAGUAAGAGAUUGAGGAACCAAACCCAUCAUAAUCUCAACCGUCUGGUUCUGAGUCUGCAUCCCAACCUCCGACAGAAGACAGUUCUAUGCCUGAGAGCUACAGCAGUUACACCAGUGACUACAUCUACAGCAGUCCCUCCCAAUCAUACGACACCUCUCCUUUUAGUUCUGGAUUCAGUAAUUCAGGUCCCGUUAACAUCAAGGAUUAUAUUUCUCAAGUUACUAUGUUUGUCCGAAAGCUACACUCUGUCAAAAAGAAGCCAGUGUUGUAUGAGGAACUGCGUAACAAGAAUAGAGAGAACUACGAGGUCACUCUCACACAGAAAGCUGCAACACUGCUGAAAACCACAGUUGUGACAGUAGCUACUGUUAAUAGGAAGGUGAGCGUCACUAACUGAUUUCCCUAAAAUUUUAAUAGGUCUGAAUAAGUAAUGAUUUAUGAUGAUUAUAAAAGCCA